AGGCAGCCAACAGGAGGAGAGCGGGGAGCAGCCUCACAGCAGCCAAAGGACGCCAGAGACGCAUUCGGGAGCUCGCGGGAAGCCCCCUCCCCGGAGGGCCGCCAUGGCUCCCUGGGGCACCCUCCUGCUCCUGCUGCUGCUCCUGGGCAGCAGCUCUUCCCAAGAGGAGGGGGCCGAAAACAAUAGCCCGAGCUGUCCCAAGGACGCCACCCGCUUCAAACACCUCCGGAAAUACGUGUACAGCUAUGAAGCCGAGAGCGCCAGCAGCGUGGCUGGCACCGCGGACUCCUACAGCGGCACCAAGAUCAGCUGCAAGGUGGAGCUGGAGGUCCCCCAGCCGUGCAGCUUCGUCCUGAAGCUGAGCCAGUGCGGCCUCAAGGAGGUCUACGGCUUCGACCCCGACGGCAAAGCGCUGCUCAAGAAGACCAAGAACUCGGACGAAUUCGCCGCCGCCCUCUCCAGGUACGAGCUCCGGCUCCGCAUCCCCGACGGCAAGGAGGUGCUCCUGUACCCCGAGGCCGCGGAGCCCGCGCACAUCCUCAACAUCAAGAGGGGCGUGGUCUCGGCGCUGCUGGUGCCCACGGACGCGGAGGAGGAGCCGCGCGUGCUGGCCCUGGACACCGUGUAUGGGAACUGCUCCAGCGACGUCACCGUCCGCGCCCGGAAAGGAAACGUGGCCACGGAAAUCGCCAUCAACAGAAACCUGGAAAACUGUGCCGGGUUCAAGCCCGUCCACAAGGCCGCCAGUCCCAUUGCGCUCAUCAAAGGCCUGGGUGGCCCCUUGUCCAGGACGCUCAGCAGCCGGCAGGAGUGCGUGUACACUGUGGACCCCCGGAGGAAGCACGUGACGGAAGCCGUCUGCAGGGAGCAGCACCUCUUCCUGCCCUUCUCCUACAAGGGUCAGUACGGCAUGAAGGCCCACGUCACACAGAUCCUGAAACUUGAAGACACCCCCAAGAUCAACAGCCGCUUCUUUGAUGAAGAUGCUUUCCCGAGGAAAGGCCUGGCCCUGGAGAGCGUGGAGGCCGCAGCCCCCACCAAGGAGGGCAAGGAGGAGGUUCUGCAGACCCUGCAGGAGCUACAGAAGCUGGCCGUCUCCGAGCGCGGCGAGCACCGCGCCAAGCUCUUUGGCAGGCUGGUCACCGGCCUGAGGGCCCUCAGUGCCGAGGCCGUCGCCUCCCUUUGGCCCGAGCUGCUCCAGGUGUCCAGCCCCCUCGCCCUGCAGGCCCUGGUGCAGUGCGGGCAGCCCCAGUGCUACGCCCACAUCCUGCGCUGGCUGAAAACUGAGAAAGCCGACCCCCUGCUGAUGGACGUCGCCGCCUACGUCAUGGCGCUGGUUCCCCGGCCCUCUGCCCAGAGGCUGCGGGAAAUCUUCGAGGUGGCCCAGGAACGGCCGAACCGCGUCACCCUCUACGCCCUGAGCCACGUGGUGAACAAAUUCCAGCCCCAGACCGUGGCGGAGUCAGAGGAGCUGAAGGCGGUGGCCAAUUUCCUGAUCUCCCGGCUGGGCGACGAGUGCGCCGACGACAAGGAAGCCACCUACCUGACCCUCAGGGUCAUUGGCAACAUGGGGGCAGCCCUGGAGGAGGGGAGCCCCCGGCUGAAGGCCUCGGUCCUGAAAUGCAUCGAGAGUCCGGCGGCCUCCCUCCCCGUGCAGAAAGCCGCCAUCCAGGCCCUGCGCAAGAUGGAGCUGACCGAGGAGGUGCGGGGCGUCCUGCUGCGGGCCUUCCUGGACGGCGCCUCCCCCGAGGACAAGCGGCUGGCGGCCUACCUGCUGCUGAUGCGGCGGCCGGGCCGCGAGGGGCUGGCGCAGGUGCUGGGCGCGCUGCAGGCCGAGAAGAACGAGCAAGUGCGGAGCUUCGUAGCCUCCCACCUGGCCAACGUGCUGGUCUCCCAGGAUCUCAGCUUGCAAGACCUCCGAAGCCAAGUGGAAGCGGCUCUCCAGGGCUCCCGGCUGCCCGAGGCCACGGACUUCCGGAGGUUUUCCCAGAACUACCAGCUCUCCAAGGCCGUGUCCAUCCCCUCCCUCAGCCCCUUCUCCACCAAGGUGGAGGGGAACCUGCUGUUGGACCCCCACAACUACCUCCCCAAGGAGGCCAUGCUGAAGACCACCCUCUCCAUCUUUGGCUUCCAGCCCACAGACCUCUUUGAGGUGGGGCUGGAGGGGAAGGCCUACGGGCCCACCCUGGAGGCCCUCUUUGGGAAGCAGGGCUUCUUCCCGGACAGCGCCACCAAAGCCUUGUACUGGGUGGACGGGCGAGUGCCCUCCUCGGUGUCCAAGGUCUUAGAGGACCACUUCGGCUACUCCAGGGAAGAGAAAAGGGACCAGGACAUGGUGAACGGGCUCAUGCUCAACUUCCAGAAGCUCCUCAAGGACUUGGGGUCAGCGGAAGCCCCUCAGGCCGAGGCCUACCUGCACCUCCUGGGCGAGGAGUUGGGCUACAUCAGGCUGGAGGAGCUCAAGGUCUUGGGCGCGAGGCUCAUUGGCAUGGCCAAGGCCUUGCGCGGCCUCCCUCAGAUGGUGGCGGCGGCCCUGGCCAAAGGCUCCAAGAACGACCUCUUUGUCCACUACAUCUUCAUGGAAAGCUCUGUGGAGCUCCCCACCGGAGCGGGGCUGCCCCUCCAGCUGUCCACGUCUGGCCUGGUCACCCCCGGGCUCAGGGCCGGGAUGAAGCUACAGGUGGCGAACAUGCAGGCGGAGCUGGUGGCCAAACCCUCCGUGGCCGUGGAGUUUGUGACCCAUGUGGGGGUCACCAUCCCGGACUUUGCCUGGAGCGGCGUCCAGAUGAACUCCAACCUCUUCCAUGAGUCCGGCCUGGAGGCUCGCCUGGCGCUGACCAGGGGCCGGCUCAAGCUCUCGGUCCCCGCUCCCAAGGGCCCCGUCAAGCUCUUCAGAGCCAGUAACAGCCUCCACCUGGUCUCCACCACCACGUACUCCAAGGUGAUCCCGCCACUGAUCGAGAACAGGCAGUCGUGGUCCAAGUGCAGGCCCCUCCUCAGGGGGCUCAGCGGCUGCGCCAGCCUGGUUUACUCCAAUGCCAGCUCCAUCGAGGCCGCGCCCUACUACCCGCUCACCGGGGACACCAGGUUUGAGCUGGAGCUCCGGCCCACGGGGGAGGUGGAGGAAUACACGGCGGGCGUCACCUACGAGCUGCAGGGCCAGGGCCCGGACGCCGUGGACCAGCUGAGGUUUGCUGUGCAGGCAGAGCCGCUGCCCAGUGAGGCCGCCUUGACCUUCCGCUACCACCGAAGCCGUGCGGCUCUGACGGGCGAGCUGCAGGUGCCGGACUUGGGCGUGGACCUCGGGGCCAGCCUGACGUUCCAGGACCAGUCGGACGAGGAGGGCGUGUUCUACAGCCUGGCCCUGGACGUCCAGGACAGGAAGAGCUCGGCAAUGACUCUCACCGGCCACAUCAGGUGUGACCGGAAGGAGCAGGGCGUGAUCGGCGCGGUGCUCUCGGUGCCCCUGCUGCAGGCCGAGGCCCAGAGCGAGGUCCUGGUGCAGCGCUCCCCCGAGAGGCUCCUGCUGCAGAUGCAGAGCUCGGCCUCCGCCCACGGCGCCACUGUCUCCCAGAAAGUGGCCUGGCAGCACGAUGACAAAAAGCUCGAAUUGGAGUGGAAGACGGGCACGAACACAAAGACCCAGAAGUUGCUCUCGGAGGCCUCCGCUUUCGGGGGGAGCCUGCGCCGGCGCGCCCAGGACUGGCUGGACCACAAGGUCGCUCACACGGACAUGACCGUCCGCCACAUGGGCACCAAGUUAAUAGCGGCUACCAACACAUGGUUUCAGAAGGCGUCCCAGAGCCUCCCUUAUGGGGAGACCCUGCAGAGAAAGCUCCAGGGCCUCCAGGAGUGGGAGAUGCCCGAGCUCCAGGUCCCCGACACCCUGUUCCUGAAAAGCGACGGCCGGAUCAGGUACACGCUGAACAAGGACCACGUGGACGUGGAGAUCCCCCUGCUUUUCGGCGGGACAUCCCUGGAGCAGUUGCAGCAGGGCCAGGUGAUCCGGACGCCAGCCCUGGACCUGCAGGCCAUCGGGCUCCGGGUGCCCUCCAGGGAGUUCCAGGUGCCGCCGCUGAGCAUCCCCAAGUCCUACCCACUCCGGGUGCCCCUGCUGGGCGUCCUCGACUUCUCCACCAACGUCCACAGCAACCUCUACAACUGGUCGGCCUCCUGGUCCCUGGGGAACACCACGGCCCCCAAGGCCGAGCACGUCAGCUUCCAGGGCCGCUACCACCUCAAAGGCGACUCGGCCCUCGAGCUCCUCUCCUUCAGUGCGCAAGGAUUCGGGGAAAGCACUUAUGACCACAGGAACACAUUUACCUAUUCUUGGGACGAAUCUCUGCACCACAAAUUUCUGGAUUCAAACAUCAAGUUCAACCUUGUAAAAAAAAUCGGGCAUAAUCCAGCUUCCAAAGGUUUCCUCACCUUCAAUGCUUCCAGCGCCUUGGGGCCCCAGGCGUCCUUUUCGGUCCACCUCGAUUCAAAGAAGAAGGUUCAUUUGUACGUCAAAGAAAUGCAAGCAGCCGGUGAGCUGACGGCGGCUUCCUUCCACGCUAAGAGCACGUGUGCCUUGUCUUACCAGAGGGACCCCAACACAGGUCACGUCGGGGGGGAGUCCCAUCUGAGAGUGGAUUCCUCCCUCCUCCAGGCCUCCAACCAGGUGACGGGCAGCUACAGGGACGGGAGUCUCUCCAUCACCUCAACCUCCGACCUACAAGACGGCGCCGUAAGAAACACCGCUUCCUUGACGUACGAAAACAGCCAGUUGACCCUGAAAUCGGACACCAGCGGGAAGCUCUCCGGCUUGGCGGCCACCCACAAGCUGGACCUGACCCUGACGCGGCAGAACGCCCUGCUCCGCUCCGAGCACCAGGUGGACUUCCAGGCCGUGAAGGUCUUCACCCUGCUCUCGGGCUCCCUCAAUUCCCGCGGCCUAGAGCUGAACGCCGACCUCCUGGGCACCGGCCAGAGCAGCAGCGCGGCCCACAAGGCGACGCUGAGGAUCGGGCCGGACGGCGUGUCGACCAGCGCCACCAGCAACCUCAAGGCCCUCCCGCUGAUGCUCGAGAACGAGCUGAACGCCGCUCUGGGGCCCCUGGGAGCAUCCCUGAAGCUGGCAACUAACGCACGUUACCAGGAGCACAGCGCAAAGUACAGUCUGGACGGGAAGGUGGCCCUCACGGAGGUGGCCCUGGGGAGUGUGUACCAGACCACGGUGCUGGGGGUGGACGGCAAAAGCAUCUUCAACUUCAGGCUUAACAAGGAGGGGCUGACACUGGCGAAUGACAUGAUGGGCUCCUACAAGGAGUCCAAGCUGAAUCACGUCAGCAGCCUGGUCGUUGCCGGCUGGGCCCUGGACUUCACCUCCAAGAUGGAGAACGUGCUGAGCCCCAACAAAUUUUACCAACACAACUUCAACGUCCAGCUCCAGCCCUACUCUCUCUCGGCCACCUUGAACAACAACCUCAAGUACAACAUCCUGGAUCUCGCCAACGCGGGGAAGCUGAAGCUGGAGCCGCUGAAACUGAGCCUGGGGGGCAACAUGAAGGGCACCUACGGAGGCGAGGAGAUCAAGCACAUCUACACCCUGACUUAUGCCGACUUGUCCGCCAGCUACAAAACAGACACCCUGGGCAGGGUGGGGGGCGCGGAGCUGACCCAUCGGGUCAGCGCCAACCUUGCCGGGCUGGCGUCCGCCGUCGACGUCAACACCGCCUUCAACUCGGAGUCUCUGCGCUUCAACAACGUCUUCCACACCGUGAUGGAGCCGUUCAAGCUGGCCAUGGAUGCCCAGACCACGGGCAACGGGCGCUUGAUCUGGGCGGGGGAGCACACGGGCCAGCUCUACAGCAAACUCUUGCUGAAAGCGGAGCCUCUGGCCCUCGUUUUCUCCCACGAUUACAAAGCGUCUUCGGGCCACCAGCUCCGCUCAAAAAGGAGCAUCGAGACCACCCUGGAGCACAAAGUCAGCACCCUGUUCACUCCAGCUGAGCAGUCCAACACCUGGAAGCUCAAGGCCCUGGCCAACCAAAACGAGUACAGCCACGACCUCCAGACCUACAAUUCCAAGGACAGCGUGGGCAUGGAGCUCAGGGCUAAGGCUGUCACCGACCUCGCUGUGAUUGACUCGCCCCUUGAAGUGCCAUACCUGUCCCACGAGCCCAUCAACGUCAUCGACGCAUUUGACUUGAGGACUCAAGUUGGCAAGCCUCAGGAAUUCAGUCUCACAGGUAGCAUCAAGUAUGACAAGAACUUGGACGUUCACGUGAUCAACCUUCCUUUCUUGGAGACCCUGCCGGCUUUUUUUGAGAAGAUCCGAGGGGCCGUUCUAGCCGCCCUCCAGAACCUCCAGCAGUCUUUGAAAAGCAUCAAUAUUGACCACUACGUGAAGCGGUACCGAGCAGCCUUAGACAAACUCCCGCAACUGGUUAAUGAGCAACUCAAUAAUUUUAAUUUUGAAGGACAAGUUAUAAAUGCAAAAGAGAAACUAAUCACUUUUAUGGAAAAUUAUAAGAUAACAAUCGAUGAUCUGCAAAUUUUAUUAGAUAAUGCCAAAAUCAGACUCAAUGAAAUCACAUCCCAAUUACAGACUUAUUUGAUACAAUUUGAUCAGUAUAUAAAAGAUAAUUAUGACUUACAUAAAUUAAAAGAAUCUCUUAAAGAACUAAUCAAUGAAAAAAUUAAAGAAUUAAAGGUUUUUGAGGACAAUUAUCAAAUUCGUUCUUAUGUGAUGAGUGCAAUUCAAGCUAUCUAUGAAUUUGUUGAAAAAAUCAGUGUAAAUAAAGUCCAUGCCAUGAGCCGGAUUCGAGCUGAAAUUCUUGAGAAACUACAACACCUGAACCGGCAGAUUCAGAACAUUGAUUUCCAGCACGGCGCUGAUUGGCUGAAAAAGCAAGUCGAGGCCAUUGACAUCAGAGCGUAUAUAGAGUUCUUGAGAUCUUUGUUGCCAAUCCGAGAAUUAAAUGGUGUUAUUGAACAUCUCAGAGACGUUGUCGGGAAUCUUUUGGAAGAUUAUGAAGUGACUGAGAAGAUCAAUGCUUUUCUAGCUAAAGUCCAUGAGCUCACUUAUAAGUAUGAGGUCCACAAACGGGUGCAGGUCCUAAUGGAUAAAUUAAUCCAAUUGGCAAACCAAUACAAGCUGAGAGAAACCACUCAGAAACUGACCAACUCCCUGAAAAAGCUGGAAAUUAAAGCCCACUUUGAGAAAAUGCGCACUCUCGUCGACAAAGCCGUCAGGAAAGCCCAGACGGUUAGAUUUAAGCAGCUGAUCGACGAAGCGAACAAAUUCCUCGACCUCUUGAUAAAGAAGUUGCGGGCUUUUGAUUACAACCAGUUUGUGGAUGAAGCCAACAAGGCGAUCCAUGAGCUGAUCCAGAAAAUCAAUGAGGAAAUCCGGGCUCUGGAGCUUCCUCAGAAAAUCGAGGCCGCCAAGUCGUACGCUUCAGAGGUCAGAGCCACGCUCUCCGACUACCUGGAGAAGAUCCAAGACACCCAGCUCUCGGUGAUCGCCGACUGGUUCUGGGAAGCCAUGAACUCCGCUUCUGUGGCUGACAUCAGAGGGAGGUUCCAGGAGAUCCUGGAAGACACACGAGACCGACUCUACACGUUGGACCUUCAGAAGGAAAUCCAGCAGCGCCUACAAAGCCUCAGUCAGGUUUACAGCACCCUUGUCACCUAUCUCGUGGACUGGUGGAUGCUGAUUUCCAAAGAGCUCACCGACUUUGCUGAGCAGUACCGCGUCCAGGACUGGGCGGAGAGCGUGAAAAGCCUGGUAGAGCAUGGCUUCACUGUCCCUGAGAUCAAGACGGCCCUGGGCACCCUGCCCGCCUUCGAGGUCAGUCUCCGAGCCCUGCAAGAAGCCACCUUUCAGACUCCCGACUUUGUUGUUCCCCUGACGGACUUGCACAUCCCUUCUGUUCAGAUCAACAUGAAGAAAUUGAAAGAAAUCAAGGUCCCAUCCCAGUUUACCACCCCAGAAUUUUCCAUUCUCAACAUCUUUGUGGUUCCAUCCUUUACCAUCGACCUCGUGGAAAUCAAGCUCAAGCUCAUCAGGACCAUAGACCAGAUGAUGUCCAGUGAAUUCAGAUGGCCUCUGCCAGAAGUCUCUCUGCAGAACCUGAAGGUGAAGGACACGCUUCUGGCAGCACUCACCCUGCCAGAUUUCCAUCUCCCGGAGGUGACCAUCCCAGAAAUCGUGAUUCCAAAGCUCAGCCUAAAUGAAUUUCAGCUUCCUGAUAUUCAGAUCCCAGAAUUUCAACUCCCCCGUAUCCCCCAUACACUCGCGGUCCCAGCCUUUGGCAAGAUGUCUGCUGCUUUAAAAAUCACCGCUCCCUUUUUCACCCUGGAUGCCAGUGGGAACAUUGAGAACACGACUACCUCAGAGAGGAACCCCGAGAUCGUGGCCUCCCUGGUUGCUGAAGGACAAUCCGCAGUGGACUUCCUGGAUUUCACUCUCCAAGCUGAUGCGCUCCUCUCGGCCCCUGAACUGGAAAGGCUGAUUUUGAAGGAAUCCCUGAAGUUAACCAACAAGUACCUGAAGGCAGAGCACAACGGCGAGACGCUGUUUUUGCAGACCUCCAUCCUCGGCAAAGCGAGCACGCUGGUCGGCAUCUACACGAGCAAGAACACGGUGGAGCUGGACAACAGUCUCUCUCUCAAGCUCCAGAAGCAAGUGACCUUCGACAGUAAUACAAAGUAUUCUCACAAGCUGAACCUUCCUCAGGUGGACUUCUCAAGCCAGAUGGAGCUGCGCCAUGACCUGGGGACGCUGCUGGAUGCGGGGCACGUAACGGUGACUUCCGCUGGGAGGGGCACGUGGAAAUGCGCGUUCCCUGACUUCUCGGACGAGGGGACACACGAGUCCCUCCUCAAGUUCACCUUGGAAGGACCGAUCGCUUUCCUGGACGCGUCCAAUAAGAUCAACAGCAAACAUGUAAAAGUGAACCAAAAACUCACCUCUGAAUCUAGUUUCCUCAAUUUUGCCAAACUUGAAAUCCAGUCUGAAGUUGAGUCCCAGCACGUGGGUCGGAGCGUGUUAACUGUUCGAGGCACAGGGACGAUAGGGGAGAUGAAGGGUCGGCUCGAGGGGACCCACGAGGCUUCCUUAACUGGGAGAGCUACUGGGACUUUGAAGAACUCUCUGCUGUUUUUGGUGCAGCCAUUUGAGAUCAACACCGAGAUGAGCAACGAAGGGAACAUGAAGGUGAGCUUUCCGCUGAAGCUGACCGGAAAGAUCGACUUCCACAACAACUACGCUCUGGCUCUGAGCUGUGACUUCCAGCAGGUCAGCUGGCAGGCAGGUGCCAGGUUCAACCAGUACCGGUACAGCCAGAAUUUCUCGGCAGGAAAUGAUGAGAACAGCCUGGAAGCUCAUGUGAGCAUUAAUGGGGAAGCCAACCUGGACUUCUUAAACAUCCCUCUUACAAUUCCCGAAAUGACUCUGCCUUACACCAAGGUCAGGAUGCCCCCACUGAGAGACUUCUCCCUGUGGGAGAGGACUGGCUUGAAGAACUUCCUCAAGACCACCAAGCAAUCCUUUGACUUGAGCGUCAACGCCCAGUACAAAAAGAACAGUCACCUCAUUCCCUUCCCCCUUGGAGCCGUUUAUGACGUCUUUGGUUCAAAGAUCCACAUUUUCCAUCGGCACUUUGAGAACAUCAAGUGGAAAACGUUGGAUUUCCUAACAAAGUCCUAUAACACAGCAAAGGUCAGGCUCGACCGGCACAACGUGAAAUCCUCCCUCGACAAGCUCCCCCGGACCUUGGAGAUCCCGGCCUACUACAUCCCGGUGCUCCCGGUGCUCAACAUCGAAGUGGAUCAGUUCACCGCCGAGCUGCCGGCCUUUGGCUUCGUGACUCCCUGGGAGGUGAGCACCCCCAGCUUCACCGUCCCCGGAAUCGGCUUCUCCAUGCCGUCUUAUACCUUUGUCCUGCCAUCCCUCGAGUUUCCGGUCCUUCACGUGCCCGAGAGCUUCCGAGAUCUCUCCUUCCCCAGGGUCACGAUCGUACGUCCGCCAGACUACAUCCCCAUCCCGGCCGUGGGCAACCUCACCUACGACUUUUCCUUCAAGUCGAGCGUCAUCACGCUGAGCACAAACGUGGGGCUGCACAGUCAGUCGGACCUCGUGGCUCACUUCAAGUCAUCCUCCUUCUCCGUCAUCGACGCUCUGCAGUACAAGUUAGACGGCACGACCAGCCUGACCAGGAAAAGGGGCUUGAAACUAGCCACGGCUCUGUCCCUGAACAGCAAGUUCGUGGAGGGUAAUCACGACAGCACCCUCAGCCUGACCAAGAGAAACAUGGAGGCCUCCGUGACCACCACGGCCAAAGUCCAGUUCCCCAUCCUGAGAGCAAAUUUCCGGCAGGAGCUCACCGGGAACAUGAAGCCCAAGCCCACCGUCUCCUCCUCCAUCCACCUCAAGUACAACUUCACCUCCGCCCGGCUCCACAGCAGCACCAAGGGGGCCGUGGAGCACAAGCUCACCUUAGAGAGCUUCACAUCAGAAAGCCCGACUCCCUACCUGUCGGUCGAGACGGCCGGCAAAGGCAGCGUCAGCGGCUCCCUCCUUUCCCAGAAGUAUUCCGGGGCCAUCGCCGGUGAAGCUAACUCCUACUUCGACACCAAGGGCACGCGCUCUUCCGUGAAGCUCGAGGGCGCCUCCAAAGUGGACGGCGUCUGGAACGUGGAGGCGAAGGACAACUUUGCGGGGGAGGCGUCUCUUGGGCACGUCUAUAUGGUCUGGGAACACAGUGGGAAGAACCAUUUCCAGCUGAGGAGGGAGUUCUCGACAAACGGGGAGCAGAAGACCAAGGUGACGUUGGAGCUGGCUCCCUGGACGGCCUCCGGUGUGAUUCAGCUUCAGGCCAGCCAGCCCAGCUCUCUCUUCAGGAAGGCCUCCCUCAACCAGACGGCGACCCUGGCUGCCAGCCUCAAGAACCAGCGGGUCACCUGGAAAGGCGAGGGCCACGUCCAGACGGUGUCCCUCGGUCACAACGUGCAGCUGACCAAUGACCCGGCUGAAAUCCGGCUCAAUGCGGCCGGUUCUUUGGAAGGCCAUCUGGCCUUCCUCAAGGACGCCCUGCUGCCGGUCUACGAGAGCAGCCUGUGGGACAUCCUGAAGCUAGACGUGACCACCAGGCCCGACAAGAAGCAGUACCUGCACCUGUCCAGCGCCCUGGUUUACACCAAAAGCCCCACCGGCCGCUGGCUUUCCAUCCCUGUGCAGGAGACGGCUGAGGAAUUCCUCAUCCCCAGGCUGGGGCUGGGCCCUUCAUCCUCCGAGAGGAGCUCCCUCAGAGUGCCCAAGAAGACCAGCGUGGCCCCGUUCGCCUUCAGUUUGCCAUCACUGCCCCAAGUCAAAUUCCCCAGGGUCGAAGUCUCCACAGAGUACUCAGGCCCCGAAGGGGCCGCCCUUCCCUUCUUUGGGGUGACUGUGCCCGAGUUCCAUGUAACCCUGUCUCCAUUCACUCUGCCCAAAAAGUUUUCCCUGGCCGGCGCCGUCCUGGAUCUCAACGAGGUGGCCAACAAAAUCGCCGACUUUGACCUGCCAAACGUGGCCAUGGCCGAGCAGAGCGUCCGGGUCCCGGCUCUGACCUUCUGGCUGCCGGCCGGGAUCUUCGUGCCCCACUUCGGCGCGCUGGCCGGGGACUUCCGGGCGGCCUCGCCGGUCUACAAUACCUCCUGGAGCAUCAACGUGCAGAGGAAGGAAGGCGUGGAGCUGAGCCUGGAGGCCACCUGCAGCAGCACGGUGCAGGCCCUGGAGUACGAUCUCACCUAUGAGGCUAAGUAUUCCAAGGCGGAGGAUGUCUUCGUGCAGAAGGACAAGGGCACCUUCUCCCACAGGGACCUGAGUGUGGAGUAUGAGAAGACCUCCAAGGUCCAGAACUUGGAACUUCUGGAGGAUGUGAAGACUCUCAAGAUCACCAGCCCCACAUUUACCGAUGUCCUCAUGAACUACCGGGAAGCCAGGAACAGCCUCUCCCUGACCGUCUCCUCCCCGCCCAUCGGCACCCUGAGCCUGGAGAGGCAGCAAAGCCCCGACGCUCUCCGCAGCAAGAUGUACUACCACCCCAAGGGCUCUCCGGAAAGGAAGCUGGACCUGGCGGAGUUCUUGAUGUCGUGGGGCAGGCCGGAAGUCCUUCAGCUCAGUGCCCGCUGGAACGAGGAGACGGCCUCCGAGCUGGCGCAGACCGUGCGAGCCGCCCUGCCCGCGGCCGCGGAGACCCUGUACGGCUACAUGGACCGAUGUCACUGGGAGCAGACGGGCCUGGACAUCAGCGGCGCCUCGGGCAGGCUGAGGAGGCUCCUGCUGAAGGGAGGGGAGGAAGCGCAGCGGCGGCUCCUGAGCCAGAUGGACCAGGUGGACUCGGGGCUGCGGCAGGCGGUGGACAAGGCCGCCAGCACCUACCGGCAGUGGGGGGACAGCGUGCAGCGCCUCUACCAGGCCGAAGAAGCGGACCCCCAGCUUCUCAAGGACAGGGUUUUGGAGGGCGCCCUGAGGCUCACCCAAGAAUACCGCAAGAAGACCCGGCUCCUCCUGGACUCGGCCCUUGAAUUCCUGAAGGUCAGUCGGUUCCAGCUCCCGGGCAAGGCCGAGAGCUACACCGGCGACGAGCUGUGCUCUGCGGUCCUGCGCCGGGCGGGGAGGGCCCUAGCCCAGGCUUACUCCAGGGUCCACCAAACGCUAGAAGCACUGGUUUCCCACGUCAGGGAUCUGGGCGAGGACGUGGCCAUCCAGAGCCUCGUAGACUUUGGGGAGAGCCUGAAGAGUUUUUCCGAGAGCAUCCAGUGCAAGCUCAACGAGCUUCAGGAGGCCACGUUCUCCAACCUUCUGAUCUCUCUGCAGUCAUUCACAGACAACGUUUUCCAAGAGGUCGAAAGAAAUAUCAAAAUCUUAAAGGAGAAAACAUUUUCUUGUCUCAAAGAUGAAUUCCAGAUCGCAGUUCAGGCCAUUUUUGAUUUCAUCCCCCCGAUUCUUAUGGAGGUGACAGAAGGUCUCAAAUCCCUGCAUUCACUUGUUCUGACCCAAUUCCAGAAAAUUUCUGGAAAUUUCCACAACUCCAUCAAGACUCUCCGGGAAGAAUAUCUGGACCCGAAUAUCAUGGGAUGGACGGCGAGAUACCACGAAAUCGAAGACAAGUUAGUCAGUUUGGCCAGAAGGAUCCUUGCCGCCCUGAAGGAUUUCCAAUCCCAGGCCUUCGAGGGCUUGCUCGCCUUGGUUUCCCGACUGACCAAAGAAGUGGAAAGUUUCACCAACACGAGUGUCCAGAAGUACCUUGACUUACUCCUGGAUGUCGAUGGAAAAGGGAAGGAGAGGAUCGGCAAGGCCUUUGCGGCCGCCCGGGAAAAGAUCGGCUCGUGGGCCGCGGAGGCCAAGGGGAAGGCGGCCGAGCUUCGGGAUCGGCUCAUGCGCUGGCUGCAAGCCGCCUACAACCACGUCGCCGAGGCCGUCCGCCGGGCCACUGAGCAGGCCGGGAACCUCCCCGGCCUUCUUGUCCGCGGCUACCAAGCCCUCCUCGAGUACGUGGCUGAGCUUCUGCAGAGCCUGCAGUGGACAACGGCCGGUGGCCUGAACAAUUACAUUCAGACCAGCCCGGGGCAGCUCACGAUCAACGUCCCCUACCGUUUUCCCUAGAACUGAUUCACCAAAGAGCCCAGACUACAGGCUGACAUCCUGGGGGAAAACCUUCCAGGGGUGAGACCAGGAGGGAGUUGCUCACUGGGCUCCUGCCUAUCGAGUCCCGAGUCCCCCAUGCUGUUGCAGUGCCCUCACCCUGGGAGACCCUGGGCCUCCCUCUCAGGAAGAACUCUCCAUUCAAGGGCAUAGAAUUAAAGUACAUGGAAUUGGAAUGGUUUCAGGUGCUGAUAAUCAGGGUAUUGGAACUUUGUGGAACCAUGGCUUUGUGAGGAGAGGAAGGGGAAUGAAAAUUAUAAUCUGAGUUGUUUUGAUGUAUUUGGAAAAUACAAAUAAAUGAAUUUCUUCUUAAGCUGA